CCGGGCGUCCUGAGCGGCGCCAUGCGGGGCCGGCUGCUGGCGCGGCUGCGGCGUCGGCGGCGAUUGCUGCGGCUGCUGCUGGCCCUGGGCGCUCUGGCCCUAGGGCUCUGGGCCGCUUACCUGGAACUAGUGGCGGCCGGCGGCGGAGCUCCCUCAGACCGCGGAUACAAAAGCUGGAGGGAGCUGGCUAAGGCUCUGGCAGACAGCAGUGUCCCAGGCCGGGCCCCAAACCUGCAGUUUUACUCUCCACAGAAGCUGGGACAGCAGAGCCAGGAGCUGCAAAGAGGUGAGAGGAAUCAAUCAAGUUACGCCGCUGUGGACAACCCUGUCCCAUGGGUGCCUGAGUUCCAGGGUCUGGCCAACCUGCACGUGUUUGAGGACUGGUGUGGCAGCUCCAUUGAGCAGCUCAGGAAGAACCUCCACUUUCCCCUCUUCCCCCAUACACGAACCACGCUGAAGAAGCUGGCGGUGUCCCCAAAGUGGACCAACUACGGCCUCCGCAUCUUUGGCUACCUGCAUCCUUUCACCGACGGGGAGUUUCAGUUUGCCAUUGCUGCAGAUGACAAUGCUGAGUUCUGGCUGAGUCCAGAUGAAAGGAUCUUGGGUCUCCAGCUGCUGGCCAGCGUAGGCAAGACAGGGAAGGAGUGGACCGCGCCAGGGGAGUUUGGGAAAUUCCACAGCCAGCAGUCAAGGAUGGUGAGGUUGUCAGCUGCAGGCAGGUACUAUUUUGAGGUGCUGCACAAGCAGGAUGACAGAGGAACAGACCAUGUGGAAGUAGCAUGGAGACUGAAUGAUCCAGAAGCAAAGUUCAAAGUCAUUGACUCCCAAUACCUCUCCCUUUUUGCUAACGAGACACUUUUGAAGAUGGAUGAGGUCAAGCACAUCCCGCAGACACUGGCCAGCCACGCCAGGCGGCCUGCUGACAGCGCGGGCGGCGCCGCACACCCAGCUGACAUGUUGAAGCCUGACCCCCGGGACAGCCUUUAUCAAGUGCCUCUGCUCAGCAAGUCUCGUGUGCGCAGAGUCCUGCCAGACUGCUCCUACAAGCCCAGCUACGUGGUCAGUGGAUUCCCUCUGCAGCGCUACCAGGGGCUCCAGUUUGUUCAUUUAUCCUUUGUUUACCCGAAUGAUUACAGCCGCCUGAGCCACAUGGAGAAAGACAACAAAUGCUUUUAUCAGGAGAACCCUUACUACUUGGAAAGAUUUGGAUUCUACAAGUACAUGAAAAUGGAUCGCCCAGAGAAGGGCCUGGACUCAGGAGAAAGAACGGAGCAGCCAGGCUCCCGGGAGGAGAACCUGGCUGAUCUGCAGUACGUGGAGCAGGACACGGAGAGUCCCAGCGCCCCCCAGCACCCCGGCACAGGCGGGGCAGCGGCGGCAGGCAGGGCUGCCAGCAGCGUGGUGGGCAGCGACAGCUUGCGGGAGGACCACUCCCUCCGGGAGCGGCGGCGGCUCCUCUCCGUGCUGGGGCAUGGCCCGGGAGAGGGGCUGCACACCAGGAGGAUGAAGAGGACUGGCAUCAGAUCAGCUGCCCUGGCUUCUGCCAACCAAAGCCUCAGCCAGGCUGCUCUGGAGGGGAACCCAAUAACAAAGAGGUCUCGUUUAAAAGCUGGUGUCAAAGACAACUCCAGAAGCCCACCACAGCACACCAGGCCCUUCCAGGAGAGAAUGCCUCUCAAAAAGGCAAACUCUCCUUCUAGGGCCAGCGACCCCAGGGACUCAGGGGUCAUGGUUCCCAGCAGGGUGAGACCUCCAGGAGACCUCAGCACUGCUAAGGGUGUGCUGCAGCUAGCAGGCACCUUGCCAGUGGAGAAAGGAGGCCCAGUCUCUGGCACAGGCAGCAGAGGUGCUGCGAGCAAUGCCAGCCCCAGCCAGAAGCCUGGGCUGUCGCAGUGGCUGAACCAAGUGCAGGCCCACAUUGCUGAGCAGAAGGCAGGCAAUGGUGAGCAGGUGGGUGAGGCAGAGGCACAGGUGGUAGCUCCUGCGAAGGGCAGGGCUGGGCCUGUGACAGCAGAGGAGGAAGAGGCAGAUGGAGAGCCAGAGGAGGAAGAUGAGGAGGAUUCUGAUUACGUGCCAGUGUUCGACCAGGCGGUGAACUGGGGGCAGACCUUCAGCACGAGCCACCUGGACUUCCACAUGCUGCGCACGGAUUGGAUUGACCUCAAGUGCAACACGUCGGGGAACCUGCUGCUAAGAGAAAGGGAGGCCCUGGAAGUCACACGUGUCUUCAUGAAGAAGCUCAGCCAGAGGAAUAAAGGGCGGUUCCAGCUGCAGCGCAUCGUGAACGUGGAGAAGCGCCAGGACCGCAUGCGAGGCAGCCGCUACCUGCUGGAGCUGGAGCUGCUGGAGCAGGGGGAGCGACUCGUCCGCCUCUCCGAGUACGUCUUUGCACGGGGCUGGCAGGGCGUUGCUGGUGAUGAGGAGGAGGAGAGGAAGAUGAGGAACCUGGCAUGGGGUCGCCGGCGGCACCUGAUGGCUGUGGCGAACGAACCUGAGCUGUGCUGGCCUCAGGGCUUCUCGUGGAACCACCGUGCUGUGGUGCACAUUGUGGUGCCAGUGAAAAACCAGGCACGCUGGGUCCUGCAGUUCAUCUCUGACAUGGAAGAGCUGUUCCGAGUCACCAAGGAUCGCUACUUCAACGUCAUCAUCACAGACUACAGCAGCGAUGACAUGGAUGUAGAGAAGGCUCUGAAAAGGUCUGCACUGCACAGCUAUCAGUACUUGAAGCUGACAGGGAAUUUCGAGCGUUCUGCCGGCCUGCAGGCGGGGAUAGACCUUGUGACGGACCCGCACAGCAUCAUCUUCCUGUGCGACCUCCACAUCCACUUCCCAGCUGGAGUCAUCGAUGCCAUCCGGAAGCACUGCGUGGAAGGCAAGAUGGCCUUCGCCCCCAUGGUCAUGCGGCUGCACUGCGGCAUGUCCCCACAGCGGCCUGAUGGCUACUGGGAGGUGAAUGGGUUUGGUCUCCUGGGCAUAUACAAGUCUGACCUGGACAAGAUCGGAGGCAUGAAUACGAAAGAGUUUCGGGACCGCUGGGGAGGAGAGGACUGGGAGCUGCUGGACAGGAUCCUGCAAGCUGGGCUGGAAGUGGAGCGCCUCUCCCUGAGGAACUUCUUCCACUGGUUCCACUCGAAGCGGGGCAUGUGGAACCGGCGCCAGCUGAAGACACUGUGACCCGCAGCCCCCCGCAGCUGCUCGGCAGCACCAUCCACUCUCAUCUCCCUGUGCGCCUUAUCGAGGCACACAGCUGAGCACACAAACGCUUCCUCUGCCUCCAUAGCCCUCUGAUGGGGGAGCACAGCCGAGGAAGGGGUGACCAGGCUAGAGGAGUGGGAGCUUCUCUUGUGAGCUGUUGUGUCCAAGAUGUAGGAUCAGUGUCUUGCUGGGAAGAUGUGCAAGGCAGACGCCAGCAGGCGAAGGGCUGGUGUUUUCCUGCCAUGCAGCCCCGGGGGAUGGCACAGUGGGAGAGGUGCCAGACUUCCCAUCGAGUCUCGCAUGGUGCAAACCAAACACACACAAGUCCCAGCUAAGCCCAGAAUAAUUUAUGUAGAGCAGCACAGCUUCUCUACAAGUACUUGAAUGAAAAAAAAACAACAACUCAGCAAAAACAAACCCCUAACCCUGCCCAUUACCCCCUCCCCCCCUUCCCUGUUUCUCCAGUAUCCCUGCUUCUGGACAGGGGACCAAAGGAAGUUCUCUCAGCUGUAUGGUGUCCGUGUGCUGCAGUCUCCGUGGAGGAGCUGGCAGGCACUUCAGGCUGCUGGUGCUUAGAUGUUUCUCUGUGCUCUUCA